AUGGCUCUGCGAUCCGUAUCUUGGAAGACCCCGGCCCUUCUCCUUGGCGCCUAUGGGGUUUGCAUCGUUUGCAGCCACUUUGCUGGGGCUUGCGGCUUCGUUGCUCCACGCUCGCCGCGAUUCAGCGUGACCGGAGAGGGCCAAAGAAGCAAGGGGUCUGGCGCCACGCAACUGGCAGCUGCGGCACAGGGCCAGGACAGCCACAGCCAAGACUGCAGGCCGGUAUGGGCGUGGGUGGCCUUGGCGACCUGUAUCGGAGGUGCAAUGCUUCGCCGCGGCGCAACACGGGAACAGACUGCAAGCUUCUCGCGCAGAGACGCCGUUCUGGCGAGCGGUACCUCUCUGCUUGCACCCCAGGCCUUUUCUGCAGAGUACCAGAUGGAGGACCGCCUCGCGUAUUUCCGUGAGAAGGCACGAGUCCUGAACUUCGCAGCCGACUGGUACAUGUUUGACGUCAAGCCGUUGGUCCACCCCACCGAGAACCUGGUCAGCGAAGAGAUGUGCAAGGAGAUGGGUGCUGCCUGCCCAGAUGCUCGUUCCCUCGCCAGCCUUCGCGAGAUGUACAAGGGCAAUGUGAGCCAGAAUGCCGGUGCCGGUGCCUCCAUUACCGUCUUCGAACGGAAUAUCCUUUAUCCCAUGAAGGACGUGUCCCUGAGCAACGCCGUGGAUCCGGACACGUCCGAGGAGCUGCAGCAGAUUUUCCAGAAGUUCGAAAUUAACCAGUAUCAGCUGGGGAAGGCUGCCCGCGAGGAAAACAUUACUGCCGCGCGCCAAAAGUUCGACGAAGGGAGGCUGCUGAUGAACCAGUUCUUCACGAAGGCAGGCAAUGACGUUGGCAUUUCAGAGUUGGGAAGCCAGUAA